AAAUCUUCUUGGCCGACAAUGGGCGAACUCCCGAGAUCCGUCGGCAGCUUGAGUCGAGACAAAGUUCUCAUUUUCCUACCCAUCCCGCCAAAAAAGGACUGGAUCUUCCGGGUCGAGACUCGCUUUCCCGGCCUCCGAGUUCAAUGGAUGAACUGCAGCAGGACGGGGGGCGGAUUUCUAAGCCCAGACGAAUUACCCGAUGGCACGUGGGAUGAAGUUACCAUUUAUUGCGCAUUCUUGCCGGCUGCAUCUCACCUGAUGCGCAAUGUCCGGUUCGUACAGUUAGCCAUCGCGGGCGUUAAUUCGUGGUUGGAGAAUGAAGCUUUUCGAAACCCCAACGUGCCGUUCUGUUCUGCGAGCGGCUGUCAGCCGCCUCAAAUCGCUGAAUGGGUAAUCGGGACGUGGCUCGCAAGCCAGCAUUCUUUCUCGAAAUUCGCCGAGAAUCAACAACGAAGCCGUUGGGACACGCUACCUUCAGUAAAGGUGGAAGACUCUGUCGGUUUACGCAUGGGAAUACUGGGUUAUGGGGCGAUUGGUCGGCAAUGCGCUAAGCUUGCCCAAGCCCUGGGGAUGGAAGUUUACGCCUACACGCGUGGCGAGCGAUCCACGCCAGAGUCUCGGAAGGACAUUAGCUAUUGUGUCCCUGGAACAGGCGAUCCAGACGGCUUGAUCCCUUCCAAAUGGUUUCACGGAGCUUCAACACAACAUCUCCAUGACUUCCUCAGCCAGGACCUGGAUAUCUUGGUUCUUGCCUUACCUCUGACUGGUGAAACCAAGGGACUACUCGGCCCGGAACAGUUUGAAUUGUUAUCCAAGAGGAAAACGUUCAUAUCGAAUGUUUCUCGAGGGCCAUUGGUUCAAACAGAUGCGUUAAUGGCAGCCUUGGAGACUGGGAAAAUCCGAGGCGCGGCGCUGGACGUGACGGAUCCAGAACCUCUUCCAGACGCCCAUCCUCUGUGGAAAGCCCCCAAUGUAUUCAUCACGCCCCAUAUCAGUUGGCGAUCGAAUGACUACUGGGACAGAGUUGUGGAUAUUCUGGAAAGGAAUUUGGAAAGGAUGAACACGGCUCAGGGCUUGAUAAACGUCAUACAUAAGGAGCGACAAUACUAGGUACGAACGAUCAUUGUGCCAAUUUGUUCUUUGUUGCAGAGUUUAGGAUAGCUUCCCCGGCGGUAUGGUUUGGUUCUGUCUACGGCCAUGCACAUUAACAGACGGUCUGCCAUUCGGAACAUGCGCCGGUUUCCGCAGCACCUCUACCGUCAACUUAAAUGGGC